UAUAAAGAGCCCAGCCAGGACACGCAGCAGGAUCAGUCGAUAGCCGAAGACCAAGUGAUGAAAAUGUUACGCAUACAAUGCCCAAACCAUUCGGUGUUGCUCCUGCUGCUAAUGAUUCGAGGAGCACUCAGCGUGCCAGCACUGGACGCGACACCCCCGGCAGCCACACCAAAUACCAUCGACGAGAGUGACAAGCUGCCCGAGGGGAGGCCCAUACAAGGGGAGAUUCCUCUUCCCAACAGCAACACCAAAAGCAAUGAGACAAGCCCACAGGUUUCAGAGUCUUCUGAACCAUCGCCGCCCGACAAUGAAGCCAGUGCCAGCUCAAUCGACCCCACAACCAUCUAUGCAGGCGGACUCAUCACACCGGAGGCAUUCCAGCAGUAUCUCAGCCAGUACGGAGCCGCUGCGUAUGCUCCCUUUGGAGGCAGCUACCCAGCUCCGAUAUCCGCUGGAGCGCCUGGGCUCUAUCCCUAUCCGGGUCCCAUUGUGGUGCAGACCGGCUAUGAGGGUUUCCUGGUGCCCGCAAAUGCCGCUGGCCAAGCAGACACCACCGCUGUGGUGGCACCUGCCCCAGAGUCAUCCUCUUCGAACAAUCCUCUGAUAGCCUUUGCCUCCAAGCUGCUGCCGACCAUCCUGAUGUCCACGCUGUUCCGCAUCGCCGCUGUGGUGCUCUCCGCCGUCGGAAUUAUACUCUUCGGAAGCGCCAUCACCAAUGCUCUGUGCCGGAUGACGCCCAUCUGUGAUAUACCCGCCAAGGCAGUGGAUAUCCUGCGCACGGGCGGAGCCCAGGAUGUGGGUCGCAUGCUGGCCGAUGAGAUGACUCCGGAGCGGGUGCGACGUGCCACAGAAUUCGUGCGGAAUGCCAUCCGCAAGUAUCGGCAACUGCAGAAGCUUGUGGAGCCCGAGUCCAGCUAGGCGGAAUGCAACGUAAAAGCUGGAAGGGCUGGAGGGUUUUAGAUUUAUUGUUCGCUCGUUAAUUAAAUGAAAUGAAAAAUGUACUUUUAA